GUUGCACCGGCGGAGCGACGGCGUCUACGCGAUAUCUUGGUGAUUGAUUGAUCGCCGCGGCGGAAGAGUGCAGCAAACAUGUACGGGUCACGAGGAUCUUCGUUUGCGAUUUGUGCGUUUUAUUUGGACUGUUAUCUUCAGAUCCCUUUUUCCUCGAAAGAGAUUUCAUUAUCGGCUUUCUUCAUUCUGUGAACAGCAGCUUCGGCGGAGCGGAUGGAUACGAGGUUGGCUCGAAGAGGUUGCGGAUCGUGGAACCAUCCCCUUUCUUGCCGAUGGGAGGCAUCGGAAGCUCCUACCAACCCCACGACAGCAGUUUCAGCAGAGGGUUUAGCAGCAUUCCCCCCUUCCCUGUGGUCAGACUGAGAGGCCUUCCUUUCAACUGCACUGACUUGGAUAUCAUCAAAUUCUUCAUGGGUCUAGAUAUCGUGGAUUGCCUGCUGGUUAACAAGAAUGGGCGUUUCACAGGAGAUGCUUUUGUCGUCUUUCCAUCGCCCAUGCAGGCUGACUUUGCCUUGCGGAAGGAUAGGCAUAAUAUGGGCCACAGGUACAUUGAAGUUUUCCCGUGCAGCAAACAAGACUACUACCGGGCAGUGGCUGCAGAGGUUAACAGCGGUGGCUGGUCCUUAGAAGAUGAUUACUACAAAGAUGCGCCGCCUGUUCAUGCGAGAAAGUCAUACGAAGACAAGGAUAAGUUGGAGAACGAGGUCCUGAAGCUCCGAGGUCUUCCCUACUCUGUGACCAAGUCUGAUAUCAUCGACUUCUUUGGGGAAUUUGAGCUGAGUGAGGACAAAGUGCACAUUGGCUAUCGCUUGGAUGGGAAAGCCACUGGUGAGGCCUUUGUGUUGUUUCCGUCUGAGGAUGGGGCAAGGAAGGCUAUGUCUAAGGAUAAGAUGACAAUUGGCUCAAGGUAUGUGGAACUUUUCCCGUCAACACACGAGGAGGCGAGGAGGGCUGGAUUUAGAUCUAAAGAGUUGAAUCUAUAGUAAUGUGUUCUUUUAGGCCUGGUAUCUCCUUUUCACUUAAGUUCUGCACUUCUCAAGUUCUCAGGACUGGAGCUUUUAUGUUGAUUAUUCUGUGAUGACCUACAACCUUAAAUUAAUGCUAAACUGUUAUGUACAAA